CUCAAAUUUACGAUUUGUGCUGCAGCCAUGGCAGUUUGUUUUAAAAUGUUAUAUCUUUACCGUACAGUUAUAACAUUUACUAACCUUUAUUGGUUUCAGCCUUUGGCCUUCUUGCUCUUCGUCUUACCCGUUUUGCUCCCGUGUGUUGUUACUAUAUAUAUAUAUAUAGACUAUAUUAAUAUUACUAGUGAAGUGUGUAGUCACCGAGUCAGUAAUUCAUGAUUCAUGAAUUACGAUAUAUCAUCAAUGGUCGUAUGAGAGAUGAAAAUCAAGAACUGCUUCAUUUAGGCCUAAGCCUUACUUAACCAAGUUUUACUUCAAAGAUAACUGUCUUACAGUCUUUGAGCUGAGUUCUAAACUCUACAGCUACAGGGCAAACACGCUUACGUCAAAGAUGACAGGGGUUUUCAAAUUAGAAAUGGAAAUUGGAAAAAUAGAUGUCAGAUGACUACCCACACUUAAGUUUAGCCUCUCAGUUUAGCCAAGCUUAAACUUAUUAAUUGUCAUUCUUAUCUCUACGAUUUGAAUUUUUAAAUUUAAUUUGGUAUUUUAUCUAAAAACUUCCACACUUAUCAUGACUUAUACUUAUAUUUAAUAGUUAUUAUUUUGUAUACUAAAUUGUAAGGAUUUUUAUAUUUUUAAAGAGAUUUGUAUGGCAUCACAGCGGAUUGGCAAGGUCUUUUACAAAAAUGCUGCACUAUUCAUCUGUGACAUGCAAGAAAAAUUCCGACCAACUAUUCAAUACUUUCCCCAAAUUUUGACUGUGGCAGAGCGACUACUGAAAGGUGCACAGACAUUAGACAUGCCUGUUAUUGUUACAGAGCAGUAUCCAAAAGGUAUUGGUUGUAUACACUAAUAAUGUCAAAUAUAAUUUUUGCAUUAAUGCACACUUUUGGUUUAAAAAUGUAAGUAAUUUCAAUUUGAACAUUAACUUUUAUAUUAACUUAAGGAGCUGUCCAUAAAGUAUGGCACACUACUUUUUGGACAGUUUUUACCCCAUCCCCCUGUCCCAAAUCUCAACUCCCCCCACAAGUAUGUCAUGCUUGGUAACUAAAUAUAAAAGACACUUCACUAUUCAUUAUUUCAGAUUUUAUAUGUACGAUUUUUAAAAAAAAUUAAAUGUGUGAUUUCACACAAGAUAACCCCCCCCCCCAACUUGUGUCACAAAAUGUCACACUUUGUUAUGGUUAGACCCCCCGUCCCCCCUCGGGAGUGUGAUAUACUAAAUGGAUGGACAGCCCCUAAUCAAAGCAUUGAUCCCACAAUAUUCAAAAUGAAUAAUUUUUUUAUUAAAAAUGUUAGCUGAUUAUGUUUUUCAAAUGAAAUCUGAUUAUUAUGUUUUAUAGGACUGGGCCAUACGGUACCAGAACUGGAUGUUAGUCAACACAAAGUGGUCUCUAAAACUUCAUUCUCCAUGAUUGUGCCUGGUGUUGAAGCUGAGCUACAAAAAUUAAAUGGUACAUCAUUCACUCAUUCUUUUUAUUUGGUCGUAAGACAAAUUGGUUGUAAUCCUAAUUUUUAAAAAUUACAAAUUGUGGCAUAUUUAAUAUCAACAGUGGCUUUGAAAAAAUUUAUUUAUUUAAUAUUUAUGUUUAAACAUACCUGCCAAACUGUAUGGUUAACCGUACUUUGUGCAGCUUUCGUACAUUCUCCGAGAGGUGUAUGACCAUAUAGGCUAUUGUAUUGUUUUGACUGGAUUUAUAAAAGAAAUACUUUUGCACAAGACACACAUCCAAUAAUUUUAACAUUGGACAACAGGAAGCUAAAUUUAGAGACUGAGGGCGGUUUCAUUGAUGUCUUUCGUUAAUACUAAGACAGCGUAGUACAUUAGUAACUAUUUGAGUAGUAAACCAUAAUUACAAAUCUGUUUGAGGAAUUCAUUACAAAAUCUGCUUUGUUAGGCAGCACACUUUUAAUUUCUAUUAAAUUCUUAUACUUAUUAAAUAUUACUAUCAGGGACCAGCAUUGGUCAUUAUUCCUAUUUAUUACUUCAGCAUGGCUUAAUUUAACAUGUUAAUCGCUAUCUAAAACUAAAAGCUCCUGUUAACUUCUUCAUUGUGUAAGUAUAAUUUAUUUGAGCCAAAAUCAAUGAGAAUUGUAGGCUAAUAUAUAUUUUUUUUUUAAUUAAAUGCCAGCUGGAAACUUCCUAGUAACAUAAUAUUCUAUUCAUAUAGUGCAUAGAGAUUUUUUAUUAAACAUCCAUCUGUCUAUCCUCAUGACAUUUUACUCUAGUACCGUAUGGUGAAGUUAAACGUUGACGGUAAAAUGAACUUGGUAACUUUGUCAAGACUAACAUGAUGAUAUAUUACUUCAUUAAUGUAAAUACAGGAAUCUUUAUUACUACAGCUAAAGUAUGUCACACUUUGGAACUAAAUAAUUGUUACGGUACAAAAUUGAAAACGAAUUAAAAUUUAAUGUAAAGCACACUUCACUACCGCUAUCAAAGGUAUAAUAAAAGUGACAUCUUCUGUCAGAAUACAUCCACUACAAUUGAAAAUUCAACAUCACUGUCGAUUGCAGGUUUUACAUGUAUGAUAAAUAAAAUUUAAAAUGUGGGAUGUCACACAAGAUCUUCACCCACCCCCAUGGCACAAGUUAUCAAACUUUCUGGGAACCCUGCCCCCACAUUCCCUCUGGAGCAUGAUGUUCUAUAUGGACAACCCCUAAUUACAUAUAAUUUGUUAUAAAAUUCAUCUUCAAUGUCCAUUUUUUACAACUUGCUAUUGACCCAUGUAAAAAUACUUAAAAUUUUAUUAAAAUCUGACAUAAAACAAGCUAAGUUUAUUUGUAAAAUUGCUAUCUACCCAUUUAUGAAUGAUGUUAACAUGCUAAAAAUCUGCAUGUAGCAAAGAGGAGUUAAUUCAUUUCAAUUCCUGAAAUCAAAACAGAUUUGAUUUCAAUGAAAAAAAAUUUAAAUGGUACUUUUUUCAAGUUUUCAUUUUUUCUGCACAUUUUUUCAUGUUGUGGUAGUUUUUUGUGUGGCAAUUUUUUUUAUCCCAUAGGUUGGCAUGUAUGAUUUGCAUAACAUUGCUGUCUUAACAGUCUAUGGUAAACUCCUGGCAUUAUUCAAAAAUAAAUUGAACACCUUUAACUGUUUGUCCAAUAUUUGAAAAGUAUAAAUUUACUUGGCAAAUAAAUGCAAUAAAGAUUAAUGACGUUCUUCUACUUCCAGAUGUCAAGUCCAUUAUUUUGUGUGGCAUUGAAGCUCAUGCCUGUGUUCAACAAACUGUCUUUGAUUUGGUUGAGAAGAAUUAUGAUGUUCAUGUAAUAGUUGAUGCUUGUUCAAGUAGAAAUCUGGCUGACAGGUAUGUCUGAAAAUUUUAAUGCGUUCUUCAAUUUUUUUUUGUUUUACCAUUUAUCAAUUGUUGAUAUCAGCACCAGAAAAAAGCAGUGUAUUUUGUAUACGAAUUAUUAAAAGCUAAGGAUUGUUUCCCUUUAACAGGGAUAAGCAACCUGUAAGUGUGUGGGAUGAAAAAAAAAAGCAAACUACAAACAUUAUUAGAAGAAACUUACAAAGGGAAGAAAAAGAAACACUUCUAUAGAGUAGGACAAUCAAAGAAUUUCAGUCAUGAUACAACAAUCAAGAUAGGCAAAAGUUGUACAUUCAUCAUGUCACAGUGAAAGUGGAAUUAUAAUGUAAGGCAUUUAAAAAAAAGGAAUUAUUCAUCAUUUUUUGUUUACAGUGCUUAUUAAAUAAUUGUAUUUUAUCAAGGUAAUAUAUUUCAAUCAGGCAAGUAGUUGUAUAUUUAUUUUAAAAAUUUAAGGUGUGACACUUCACUGGCUGGAAAUUUUUGUAAAUUUAUUUAAUUGUUUAUAGUUACUAGAGAAAGAAGCUUGCGAUUUUGGAGGUAAUUUUCAUUAAUAGUGUGAAUUUGUGAACUACUUUAAACCACCGGUAGUGCUAAACAUUCUUUCUAUCAUGGCCAUGAGCCACUUGGAGCAUCAUGGUUUGUUUCUUAAUAAAACUAGGUAUAUAUUUACAUUUUUACUUUUGUUUUGGGUCAAGAUUUUAAUUUUCAGACAAGAAAUAAAUUUAAAAACCACAAGGCACAAUCAGAACGUAAAAAAAAACUAUUUUUGUCAUAUUUAUCGUAUUUUGAGGGUAGUUUGCAAGAAUUUUCUCAUUACAACUAGGGAUAAGGUUACCAAAAGCAAUCACAAUGUAAAUGUGGAUUUGUCUAAUUUGGAAAUCUUUCCUAAACUGGUUUAGUUGUGAUUAUAGAAAUUAUUAUAAGUGUAGAUAAUAAUUAAAUGUUUUGGAAUUCAAAACUUGAAGGUAAGUUGGAACAUUUGUUUAACUAUUGAAUGCUUUUCUCUUGUAAAUAAUAAUUUAAGAAUAGUACCAAAAACUGUUUUAGAUUCAUCUGAAAGAAAAUUCAUUUAUCUUCAAAAUGAUAUAAGACAUAUAAAAAUAUGUUAAUGUUAACAGCAAUGUUCAAUUCAGGUAAGCAUGGUUUUUCAGUGCAGAAGCUGACAAGUUAGGGGAUUGGAUUUCAGUAACACUGGAAUUCACCUUUAUUUAAUUGGAAUAUAUAUCAUCUUUUAAAAUCCUCUUAAACCUUCUUUGAACCAAGCACCGUUUCAGUAUCUCUUUAUAUGAAAUAUGAAUAAUUCACAUCAUAAAAUAUCAGACCUGUUUACUCUUACGAUUUUGGCGUACAAUGUACGAUUUUGAGGUGUAUACAUUAUAUAUACAGCACGUUUUUGCUCUAUAAAGAGAAUGUAUUGAACGAUUAUAUGAUGAUAUUGUACGAUUUUAAGGGUUUGAGGGUAAACAGGUCUGAAAUAUUCAUAAUUGAACAUUUCAGUCUGAGAUUAAUUAUGAUAACAUGUAUUUUAAAAAAAUGCUUAUUCCCAAAUUCCACUUUAAUAAUGAUACAGCGGAACACUUCAGAAGUAGUGCACAUUUAAAAAAUGUUUUAACUGGUCUCUUUUCCCAGAAUGUUUGCCUUUGAGCGCAUGAAAUCUGCGGGUGCCCACCUCACAACCAGUGAAAGUAUCCUUCUGGGCCUCGUACGGGAUGCCGCUCAUCCAAAGUUCAAACAAAUACAACAAAUUAUUAUGGAACCUUCCCCUGAAAGUGGUUUGUUAUCAUAUUCAUAGUCUUUUAUUGAACUUCUCAGCCUGGUUGCUAAUGUGGUCUCGUUUAUUUAAUCUAAGUGUAAUGUAUCAACAUUGUUAUAAAUACUAUGAAUUUUUUCAUGCAAACAGUGGUGUAGGAAGGGGUGUGGCUUUUUUUUGCCAACUGCAGAGUUUUUUUCUUUAAAGAGGGGCAAAAAACUCUUGACCUGCCCUCGUCAGCGUUAACCCUAACUUCACCACUGAAUUCAUAUCAUAAUAGCAUUCAGUUAUGUUGAAUAUUUUGCUACAUGGAUACUGACUAAGAUGUUAGGUCUACAAAAAUAUUUAUUACAUUGUUAUAACGAUGGUGUUCAGUUUGAUAGAAACAUUUUGAUUCCAACUCAAUGGUAAGAUACUUACCUGUAGUCUUGUUCUGUGAUGAAAAUUGGUGGCUUUGAUUUGAUUAUUUUAAAGCCAAGUUUUUUUUCCUGAAUACUUAUUACUAAUUAAUCUUUUUUUUUUUAAGAUCUUUAAAAAAAUUUUUUUUUACAAUCAAGCUCCUAAGGGACUUUUUUUGGACUCAAGAGAGCAUAUUGAUAUUUAAAGGUAGAUAAUUCCUGACAUGGCACAGUUAUAGUUAGUUUUAGGCACAAAAAAGAAAGAGUUUAUUCCAUUGGGAUUACCUGUGCAUUAUCACAAUUUAUGGAAGCAGCACAUGAGAAAUUUUGCUGUACUCCUCAGAUUUAUUUUUAGUUGUUGUUUUUUUAAGUUAAAGAUGUGUCAAAAUAUGUUAUCCUUGCUACCGGUAGGCAAAUGUUGUGUAUAAUUAGAUGCACUAAAAUUAUUGUCAGUAAGAAUUAUAUAAAUAAUUCAUAUUGGUUUCUGAAAUUUGUUAAUUGAUUUAAAAAAUGCAGCAUUAAUUUUUUUUUAUAUUAAGGAUAUUUUUUUUCUAUGUAAAUCACAAACAAAUUUACCUACCUUGCUUUUGUUCACUAACCAACAAACCAGUCACUUCCACUUAUAAAAUGAUGGAAAGAAGUAGGCUUGCAUGAAGUACUGGCUGUUUAUUCCAAUUUUUUUUUAAUAACUAUAUUUUGGUAGUAAACAUUUUUGUAUCAUUUCCACUUUCUGAAACUUUGUUACAAAGAUGAAGAAGGAAUCUUUGAAAUGCUAAAAUUAGUUGUAGUUGGACCUUUUGGAAAUAGGAAUUGAUUUCAAAACCAUAUUUCAGCUUUUUAAUUUUUGAUUUACCGGUAUAUUGUUUGAUGACAGUACAGAAAUGAAUUAUACUCAGGAAUAUUUAAUACCGAAAAGAGCUAGACAUAUUUAUUAAACAAUCUUUGAAUUUAUUCAACCUGUACUGUCAGAAUUAAUUUCUAUAGUUAAGAGUAAUAGAGUUUUAAACAAUUCUUGUUAAUAAUUUAUUUCAAUUAUAAAUGAUAUAAUCAGAAACAAUUAAAAUAUGCUUACAAACCCUGUUUAUUUUUGGUUUGUCAUAAAUGAUACUGAUCAGUGUUCAUACAAUCGACACGUUUAUUAAUGUAGAAAGUUGGCAGACUCAAUCUCUAUCUACAGCAGGGAUAUCGACUGACUGGCUGCUCCAUAGAACUAUGCAGUCCCCUGAUCUUCAAUUUUUACACUGGGUUGAGUUAAAAUACAUUUAUUCAAAAAUGUAGGGCUAUUAUCUAGGCAUGUAUUAUUUGAAACAAAUUAUAUUUCAGCAAAUUUAACCAUUUGAUACAUUUCUGUAUCAUUCUGUUUUAGGAUACUGAUACAAGAAUAAUAUGUAGGGUAAAAAUAGAUGAAACUUUUCUGACAACUGAUGGUGACAACACUAAUAU